UUAUCAGAAUUGAGAGGGGUUUUAUGCCCUUUCCAUUCAGCCGUGUGUUGUGUUUGCUGCGCUGCUCUCCGUUGUGGUGCAAACUGGCUCAUAGACAACGCCGACUGCUGGAGUUCACACAGUCGUCUGGCCCGUUUUACUGAGCGGCAUUUGUGUCCGACUGCGCUUCCGCCAUGUUGAACUGAUUCAAGUUGUGAGUGACUGCUGGGACCGAAGUGACAAGCCCCAGAAAUUGGACUAGAUAGAGUUAGGGGGCUGUUACCGCGCCGGUGACGCAGGAAAAACACCCAGAAGCCGAGGAGAAAACGUAGGAAUUAGAUAUUUCUAGUAACAGGUUUUGGGUCCUACAAAACUGUCGCUGAUAUAGGCCGCGUUUAUGUAAUAUACGACGAUACCAUCGUUGAAGGCUGGACGUAGCCCGUGAAUAGAGGGGGAAGUCAUAUCAGAUUCCUGGUUAUGCAAUGGUCUCAGCGGCACGUCCAGAUCUCCAGGUGCUUGUGUCCCUCUCUCGUGCGUCUGGGCUCUCUUCCCUCUGCUCUACAGCUGAGGUGGCUGUGAUUUCCCUCCUGGCCAGCGCUCCCUAAGAGGCCAAGAUUGCCAAGAUCUGCCCCGUGGCGAGCAUGACGGCCACCACGCGUGGCUCUCCGGUGGGGGGCAACGACAGUCAGGGCCAGGGCCAGGCACCUGAUGCUCAAAGCCAACCCCCACUGUCACAGAACCAGACAUCAUCUCCUAACUCAUCCAAUGAGAACUCUCCAGUGAGCCCACCGGAUGAGCAGGGCCAGGGGGACGCCCCCCCUCAGCUGGAAGAGGAGGAGCCCGCCUUCCCUCACACUGACCUAGCCAAGCUGGAUGACAUGAUCAACAGGCCUCGUUGGGUCGUUCCAGUUUUGCCAAAAGGCGAGUUAGAAGUCCUCUUGGAAGCUGCUAUUGACCUGAGUAAAAAAGGACUGGAUGUGAAGUGUGAGGCUUGUCAGAGAUUUUUCCGAGAUGGUCUGACCAUCUCCUUCACAAAGAUCCUGACAGACGAGGCGGUCAGUGGCUGGAAGUUUGAGAUUCAUAGGUGUAUCAUCAACAACACACACCGGUUGGUGGAGCUGUGUGUGGCCAAGCUCUCUCAGGACUGGUUCCCUCUACUGGAGCUACUGGCCAUGGCCACCAACCCCCACUGCAAGUUCCAUAUCUACAACGGCACACGGCCCUCUGAGACCGUCCCCGCUGGAGCACAGCUGGCCGACGAUGAGCUGUUCGCCCGGCCACCAGACCCACGCUCUCCUAAGGGCUGGUUGGUGGACUUAAUAAACAAAUUUGGCACGUUAAAUGGGUUUCAAAUGUUGCACGACCGCUUCAUGAGCGGCCAAGCACUGAACGUCCAGAUCAUCGCUGCACUUAUCAAGCCUUUCGGCCAGUGUUACGAGUUCCUCACAUUGCACACGGUAAAGAAGUACUUCCUUCCAGUCAUCGAGAUGGUUCCCCAGUUUCUAGAGAACCUCACGGACGAGGAGCUGAAGAAAGAGGCCAAGAAUGAAGCCAAAAACGACGCACUGUCCAUGAUAAUCAAGUCUCUGAAGAAUCUGGCUUCUCGUGUACCAGGGCAGGAGGAAACCGUGAAGAAUUUAGAGAUUUUUAGAUUAAAAAUGAUUCUUAGGUUAUUGCAAAUUUCUUCUUUUAACGGCAAAAUGAAUGCACUAAAUGAAGUGAACAAGGUGAUCUCCAGUGUGUCCUACUACACUCAUCGGCAUAACCCUGAGGAGGAGGAGUGGCUGACUGCAGAGCGCAUGGCGGAGUGGAUCCAGCAGAACCACAUCCUGUCCAUUGUGCUGAGGGACAGUUUGCACCAGCCGCAGUACGUAGAGAAACUGGAAAAGAUCCUUCGCUUCGUUAUCAAAGAAAAAGCUCUUACAAUGCAGGAUCUGGACAACAUCUGGGCGGCACAGGCCGGUAAGCAUGAGGCCAUUGUGAAGAACGUCCACGACCUCCUGGCCAAGCUGGCAUGGGACUUCUCACCUGAGCAGCUCGAUCACCUUUUUGACUGUUUCAAGGCAAGCUGGACCAAUGCCAGCAAGAAGCAGCGUGAGAAACUGCUGGAACUCAUCCGGCGCUUGGCAGAGGACGAUAAGGACGGGGUGAUGGCCCACAAAGUCCUCAACCUGCUGUGGAACCUGGCGCACAGCGAUGAUGUGCCUGUAGACAUCAUGGACCAGGCGCUUAGUGCUCACAUCAAAAUUUUAGAUUACAGUUGCUCACAGGUGCAUGACAGAGACACGCAGAAGAUUCAGUGGAUAGAUCGCUUCAUAGAGGAGCUACGAACCAAUGACAAAUGGGUGAUCCCUGCCCUGAAGCAAAUCAGAGAAAUCUGUAGCCUCUUUGGAGAAGCCCCUCAAAACCUUAGAAAGAAAAUGCCAAUUAACAUACAAACGAACUUAGUGGGUCAAACUCAGAGAAGUCCUCAUGUGUUUUACCGCCAUGACCUGAUCAACCAGCUGCAGCAUAACCACGCUCUGGUCACCCUGGUGGCCGAGAACCUCUCGGCCUACAUGGAGACCAUGAGGCAGUUCUCCAAAGAAGAACAGGCUGAGUUUGACCCUCAGACGGUCAGACCAGGAAGCCGCUACAGCCAUGUGCAGGAAGUACAGGAACGACUCAACUUCCUGAGGUUUCUGCUAAAAGAUGGUCAGCUUUGGCUGUGUGCCCCUCAGGCCAAGCAGAUCUGGAAGUGUCUGGCUGAGAACGCAGUGUUUCUCUGCGACCGCGAGGCCUGCUUCAAAUGGUACUCCAAGCUGAUGGGUGAUGAACCAGACCUGGACCCAGACAUCAAUAAGGACUUCUUUGAGAACAACGUUCUGCAGUUGGACCCGUCCCUGCUGACGGAGAAUGGCAUGAAAUGCUUCGAGAGGUUCUUCAAGGCGGUCAACUGCAGGGAGGGCAAGCUGGUGGCGAAGCGCCGGGCCUACAUGAUGGAUGACCUGGAACUAAUAGGCUUGGACUACCUCUGGAGGGUGGUAAUUCAAGGAAGCGAUGACAUCGCCAGCCGAGCCAUAGACCUGCUGAAAGAGAUCUACACCAACCUCGGACCAAAGUUACAAGUCAAUCAGGUGGAAAUUCAUGAAGAUUUCAUCCAGUCAUGUUUUGACCGUCUGAAGGCGUCCUAUGACACGCUGUGUGUGUUGGAUGGAGACAAAGACAGCAUCAACUGCGCCCGUCAGGAGGCUAUCCGCAUGGUGCGAGUGCUCACCGUACUCAAAGAGUACAUCAAUGAGUGUGACAGUGACUACCACGAGGAGAGGACUAUACUGCCUAUGUCAAGAGCCUUCCGAGGGAAGCAUAUCACAUUGAUCGUCCGUUUCCCCAACCAGGGGCGUCAGGUGGACGACUUGGACAUCUGGUCACACACCAAUGACACAAUUGGUUCGGUGCGGCGUGGGAUCCUCAACAGGAUCAAAGCCAAUGCUGCGCACACCAAGAUCGAGCUCUUCAUUGGUGGAGAGGUCGUUGAUCCAGCUGAUGACAGGAAGCUGAUUGGGCAGCUCAAUUUGAAGGACAAAACGCUGAUCACGGCCAAGCUGACCCAGGUGAGUGCCAACAUGCCUUCAAGCCCGGACAGCUCAUCUGACUCAUCCACUGGUUCCCCUGGUAACCACGGCAACCACUACAGCGAUGGCCCUAACCCUGAGGUGGAGAGCUGUCUUCCUGGUGUGAUUAUGUCGCUACAUCUGCGCUACAUCUCCUUCCUGUGGCAGGUGGCUGACCUGGGCUGCAACCUCAACAUGCCACUGCUCAGAGAUGGAGCUCGAGUUCUCAUGAAACUCAUGCCCCCAGAUAACACCACCGUGGAGAAUCUGCGAGCCGUGUGUCUGGACCACGCCAAGCUUGGCGAGAACAGCCUCAGUCCCUCGCUGGACUCGCGCUUCUUCGGCCCCUCACCCUCACAAGUGCUCUACCUCAUUGAGGUUGUUUAUGCUUUGCUGAUGCCAGCCAGUUCCACUCUGGGCGAGGACGCCAGCGACUUCCAGUACAACUUCUUGAAGAGUGGCGGGCUGCCCCUGGUGUUGAGCAUGCUCACCAGGAACAAUUUCCUCCCAUCGGCGGACAUGGAGACACGCCGCGGUGCUUACCUCAACGCACUGAAGAUCGCCAAACUCCUCCUUACAGCCGUAGGCUUCGGCCAUGUGAAGGCUGUGGCCGAGGCCUGCCAGCCCAACGCCGAGGGAAAUAUUCCUGUCUCCCCGAUCAAUCAGGCCACUCACGACCAGGCCCUGGUCCUCCAGAGUGCCCUGCAAAACAUCCCGAACCCGGCCUCAGAAUGCAUGCUGCGCAAUGUAGCCAUCCGCCUAGCCCAGCAGAUCUCUGAUGAGGUCACAGAAAAUAAUUUCUUCCAGGCAUCGAAGUACAUCCCAGACAUCUGCGUGAUCCGAGCGGUACAGAAGAUAGUGUGGGCAUCAGGCUGUGGCACAGUGCAGCUCGUCUUCAGCUCAAAUGAAGAAAUUAGCAAGAUAUACGAGAAGACAAAUGCAGCUAAGGAGCCAGAUGGGGAAGAUGAGCAGGUGUGUUGCGAGGCCCUGGAGGUGAUGACACUGUGUUUUGCCCUCAUGCCCACGGCUCUGGACACACUCAGCAAGGAGAAGGCUUGGCAGACCUUCAUCAUCGACUUGCUGCUGCACUGCCACAGCAAAUCUGUGCGUCAAAUGGCCCAGGAGCAGUUUUUCCUGAUGGCAACUAGGUGCUGUAUGGGCCAUCGACCCCUCCUCUUCUUUAUCACCCUCCUCUUCACCGUGUUGGGGAGUACGGCCAAGGAGCGAGCCAAACACGCUGGAGACUACUUCACUUUACUCAGGCACCUUCUGAACUAUGCCUAUAACAGCAACAUCAACCUGCCAAACGCUGAGGUGCUGCUCAACAACGAGAUCGACUGGCUGAAACGGAUAAGGGACGAGGUUAAGAGGACAGGGGAGACCGGGGUGGAGGAGACCAUCCUGGAGGGACACCUUGGGGUUACCAAAGAGCUUCUAGCCUUCCAGACGCCAGAGAAGAAGUAUUACAUUGGCUGCGAGAAGGGAGGAGCUAACCUCAUUAAGGAGCUGAUCGACGACUUCAUCUUCCCAGCGUCUAAUGUGUACCUGCAGUACAUGAAGAGUGGGGAGUUCCCCACAGAGCAGGCCAUCCCAGUGUGCAGCACCCCCGCUUCCAUCAACGCUGGCUUCGAGCUCCUGGUAGCGCUGGCUGUCGGGUGUGUCCGCAACCUCAAGCAAAUAGUCGACACCCUGACCGACAUGUACUACUUAGGUUGCGAGACACUGACAGAAUGGGAGUACCUGCCUCCGGUGGGGCCGAGGCCCAACAAAGGCUUCGUGGGUUUGAAGAACGCCGGAGCCACCUGUUAUAUGAACUCUGUCAUUCAGCAGCUGUACAUGAUCCCUCCGAUCCGCAAUGGCAUCCUGGCCAUUGAGGGCACAGGCACCGAUGUGGACGACGAGAUGUCAGGGGACGAGAAGCAAGAGAAUGAGAGUAACGUAGAUCCUCGUGAUGAGGUGUUCAGCUACCACCAUCAGUUUGACGAUAAGCCCUCCAGUAAGUCAGAGGACAGGAAAGAGUACAACAUCGGGGUACUUCGUCACCUGCAGGUCAUUUUUGGACACCUGGCGGCGUCCAGACUUCAGUACUAUAUCCCCAGGGGAUUCUGGAAACAGUUCAGGUUAUGGGGUGAGCCAGUGAACUUGCGGGAGCAGCAUGAUGCUCUGGAGUUUUUCAACUCUUUGGUGGACAGUCUGGACGAAGCUCUGAAAGCCCUGGGCCACCCCGCCAUGCUGAGCAAGGUGCUGGGGGGGUCCUUCGCCGACCAGAAGAUCUGUCAGGGAUGCCCCCACAGAUAUGAGUGCGAGGAGUCGUUCACAACACUCAAUGUGGACAUCAGAAACCACCAGAACCUGUUGGACUCCAUGGAGCAGUACGUUAAAGGAGAUCUUCUUGAGGGAGCUAAUGCCUACCACUGUGAGAAGUGUAAUAAGAAGGUGGACACCGUGAAGCGCCUGCUGAUAAAGAAGCUGCCGCCUGUACUGGCCAUCCAGCUGAAGCGCUUCGACUACGACUGGGAGAGGGAGUGCGCCAUCAAGUUCAAUGACUACUUUGAGUUCCCCAGGGAGCUGGACAUGGAGCCGUACACGGUAGCUGGUGUGGCGAAGCUGGAGGGCGACGACGUCAACCCGGAGAACCAGGUGAUCCAACAGAACGAGCCCUCUGAGCCCACGCCCCCCGGCAGCUCCAAGUACCGCCUGGUUGGAGUGCUGGUCCACUCAGGCCAGGCCAGUGGCGGACACUACUAUUCCUACAUAAUCCAGAGGAACGGGGGCGAUGGCGAGAAGAACCGCUGGUACAAGUUUGACGACGGCGACGUGACCGAGUGUAAGAUGGACGACGAGGAGGAGAUGAAGAACCAGUGCUUUGGAGGGGAGUACAUGGGCGAGGUGUUCGAUCACAUGAUGAAGAGGAUGUCGUACCGGAGGCAGAAGCGCUGGUGGAAUGCCUACAUCCUAUUCUAUGAGCGCAUGGACUCACUGGACAAGGACAGCGAGCUUGUCAAAUACAUCUCUGAGUUGACCAUCUCCUCCACCAAGCCGCAUCAGGUCAAGAUGCCUGGUGUCAUCGAGUGCAGCGUCCGCAAGCAGAACGUCCAAUUCAUGCACAACCGAAUGCAAUACAGCCUGGAAUAUUUCCAAUUCAUUAAGAAACUUCUGACCUGUAACAGUGUCUAUUUAAACCCUCCUCCAGGUAUGCCUCUUUCCUGAGUGUGUGCUGCUAAUUCAUGAAUUUAUUCAUUCCGUGGAUUAUGUAUUAUUGUAUGUUAAAGUAUUACAACUAAAUUAAUCUAGGUAGCCAGUUAACCUCAACUCAAACCUUGGGUGGGGGGGGGGGGGGGGUUGAGAAUCACUUUUGAAACAUAAACCAACAAAAACAUACACAAAAGCUGGCUAGUACAACAAAUAUGCUGGUAAAUGAUAGUUAUGAACACAAUCUGAUGUUCCCACGCUGUGUAGCUAUUUUUACGUAUUCUAUUUAACCAGGUAAGUUCCCAUUCAAGUUGAAAACUUCUGAAUAAACUUGUAGGCAAAAUUAUACAAAAUAUACACAAGAAACAAUAUUAAGUAGGAUAAAAUAAGCUAAUAACUGACCGAUCAUUAACCACACAAGUAAUUAGUAUACAUGUCUACAACAUGCGUACAGUAUACCCGAUAAGAAAACCAUUGAUGCCACAAACGGUUCAGCCCCUGCAUGUGCGUCGUCGUGUGAUUUGUCGUCGCUGCACAAUAUAUCGUCACUCCUCCAGUCAUGACUCUGCACAUCCAACACCCCCAGAGGGCUGCUUUGAUGUGUGUGUGUGUGUGUGUGUGUGUGUAUAUGUGUGUGUGUGUG